AUGCUACAGAUGCGCGACGCAAUGUCAGCCUUUGUCCUCCUUCAGGCCCCUCUCGUAGGCCCUCUUGCCACGUCGGCAUCGGCAACCGCACACGUUUGGCUCAUUCCAUUUGCCCACUUAUCCGCCCGGAAGGCUUUCGUGGUCGUCAAUGCAAGGCAAGUGCGGCCAUCCCUCAAGCCCAUUUUCCAGUGGACCCCCAAUUUUACGCAUGACCGGCUGGUCGACGGGGCUAGCGCCAUAAUUGCUGCCGUAAUGGGUCUCCAGAUGAACCGGGUUCAAAGUUCACGGCCAUCAUUAGCCAAGCUUGCUCAUACAUUCCUCUGCACAAAAGCGCCAGAUCAGCUGACACGCUCAUAUGACCAGAGGACAAAGGACGAUUGUUGA